UAUCACUGCGGACGGGUUAACGGUUUUCUUCUCAUUUUUAUUUCAAAAGCUCACUUUUUUGUUAAUUAUGUGUCUAUUAUUGCUUAGUAUCUAUGAAAUUAAUCUCCGCCAAUGGAACUCAUCAGCCUUCCAAAAUGCGUGAACUAUUGAUUUCAGAAAUCCCACUGCAAAAAUAUGAAAAUCUUUAACGUAGUGUAAAGGCCGUGAGAAAAUGCUAUCAGCAAUAAACACAGACAAGUGGAUUCAGCUAAUGAGAAAAGUUGGAGUUUAUUUCCCAUGGAAAAAAGUGCGCCUACUUGCUCUGGCUUUGGUCAGCUACUUGGUGGCCAGUUUUAUUUUCACAGAAGACCUUGGCUCUCCUCCUCCUUCGACUCCUUCGCCGAGUACUUCGUGGCCGCGAGACGCUCCCGAGCCCCGGGCCAACGAUACCCUCUACCCGUGCAGGUUUUCACUAAGACAGAAUCGGUCCUCCUCAAGCGAGGCCGCCCUCGACGGCGCCCCUGUGACAGGCACGCCGAAUGUGGUUCUCAUGAGUUCGAUGGCCAGGAGCGGAUCGAGCUUCCUGGGCGGCCUGCUGAGCUCCCUCCCCGGCGUCUUUUAUUUCUUCGAACCCCUCCACAACAUAGAGCGCUGGCACAUGCUCUCACCGGCCACCGCCAGGGACGGCCUUCGGGGCCUCCUCACGUGCAACAUCACCGGAGCCAUCAGGAAGGCCGUGAGGACGCGGGGGAAGUACACCGUGUACCACCCGUACACGCGGAGCUGCGCCACCAAAGAGGCCUGCUUCAGCAGCCUCCUCGACGAGACGUGUCGCAAGGAGAAGUUUCGUGCGGUGAAGACAAUCCGAGCGCGAGUCUCCUGGCUGACCUCGCUACUGGAUGACCCCGAUGUUGACCUACGGGUCAUCCACCUCGUGAGGGAUCCUCGAGGAUCAGUCAUCUCGAACUGGAAGGCCGACUGGGCGCCCAUCUCGGAGGCCACGAGCUGUCAGAAUCUGCUGUCCGAUCUGCGGGACGGCGCCCGCCUGCGGAGGCAGCGGCCCGGCAAGUUUCUGACCGUUCGCUACGAGGACCUUUGCCUUGAUCCGCGGUUGAUGGCAGAAGUAAUUUUGUCUUUUCUUGGCUACACGAAGCUUCCGCAGUCUACUGUUGACUACCUGGAUAAACAAACGAAAGUAACAAGAGACAGCAAAACCUACAGCCUCAAGCGAGACACGAAGAGCCAGCAGCAAAAAUGGCGGACGACGAUUACCGACGAGGAGUUCGCCAGGAUUGAGCCGGCGUGCGCGGCAUCCAUACUCCAGCUCGGGUUCAGCCUCUUCGGAAGCGCGGAGGCAGCCAGAAACCUCACGCUCCCUCUGUACAACCGCUCGGCCGACCACCAAGCCUACGACCACCGCGACUGCCUCCGUGAGUGAGGGGAGGCGCAUGGAAACUAGAGACGAGAUGAAAAACUUUGAACGCAGCCACACAUCCUUAUUUAUAUUCCGGUCACUAGUGAUCACAGCUGCAGUAAUGAUGGUGUUCACCAGACAAACGCUUACGGAACCAAAGUAUGAAAAGGGAGAGCUGAGGCAACUUAUCAAAGCGCUUCUCUUCUCACAUGCACCGUUACCAUUAUUUUUUCAUAUCAUUAAUCAAAGAGAAAUCUCACACAUGCCGAUCAGAUUGUAUAAGUGUUGUGAGUUUAUCUAGAAAAAAAAAAAAUAUAUAUAUCUUCAUCAUUCUCUUUAAUUUUGCUUUUGUGACAGCUUCAGUUUCUUUUCGGUAACCACGCGCGCUGAUAGUUUCAUCGACUGGUUCAGGUUCCUCCGGGGCCUCAUUCCUAGAGCCCCCUUGAUUUAUUCAUGCUUCGUCAUGAGAAGCCAAGAAAUAUUAGCCACCUCAGAGUGAAGAAAUUUAAUCAGUAGUUAAUUUUGGGCCGUAUACAUUAGUCUUCAACUGCAUCGAAAAUUAAUGCAUUCACUCGCAAAAUGCCCAGAGUGCGAGAUUAAUCAAUUCAGUCUUUGAUUUAAAUCAGUCAUCACCAGCGACGCAUUUAUAGCUCCCCACGUCGCCGCCCGCCCUCGAUGAACGCUGAUACGUACUCCAUGGACACGUAUAUACUGUUGCAUCCACAUGCACGUUAUAUUGUACUUCCAGUUAUUGUUCAUAAAGGGCAGUUUGUAAUAAUCGUAUUCACUAUGUAUAAAAUCUUUUAAUCAAUUCUCUGUCUCUCCCUGUUUUUUUUUUUUUUGUUGUUGGUUUGUUUUUUCUCCCCCCUCUCUUCUCUAUUUCCCUGUCUCUAUCAGUCAGUCAGUCAGUCAGUCUGUUAUUGUUUUCCCUCGCAAAUGAAAGGUUCAGUAAAUGAGUGAAUUAUUCGUCUCCCAGAAAAUGUGGCUGAAAAAGCUUAAGAAAUUUUGAUCCGAUUUCUUAACAUGUACGAUCAAAGAAAAUGGGCGAUUAACAACAUCAAGUAAUAAUAAAUAUCGUAAAAAAAUGAUAGCAAUGCUUUAUGUUGAACUCUACGGCUCGAGAACCAUGUUUCACCCAUCGAGAAAGAUUAUUUCAUUAUUUAUUUUAUGUGAUCGUUCAGUAACUAAUAAAUGCGUGAAUAUAGGAAAACUAGGAUGUACUUUUCAAACUCUACACUACGGAACAUAAACGUCAAGCCAUUUGUCGUUUACGUACACUUCAUUUUCUCCGUAAAUAAAGAAAUAAACAACAACAAAAAAUAUGCAUAUAUUCA